AUGGAUCCUUUAAAGUACCUAUUUGAAGUAUCGACACUAGUUGCAAAAUUGGCCAAAUGGUUGGUCCUACUGUCUGAAUUUGAUAUUGUGUAUGAGACUCGAAAAACCAUCAAAGGGCUUGUAGUGGCCGAAUUUCUUUAUGAAAAUCCAGUUAAUGAAGAGGAAGAAGUCGAAACAGCCUUCCCGGAUGAGAGUCUCAAGCUAGUAGAGGUCCAGCCAUGGAAAAUGUACUUUGAUGGGGCCAUGAAUAAGAGCGGAGUCGGUAUAGGGGUAGUUUUGGAAGCACCGAAUGGAGAACAAUUGUUAAUGUCAAAAAGGCUAUGUUUCCCAACCACUAAUAAUAUUGCAGAAUAUGAGGCUUGCAUUUGUGGCCUAGAGGCAUUAAUAGCUGUUGGGGCUAAAAAAGUGGAGGUGUUUGGAGAUUCAAUGCUAGUAGUUUCCCAUAUUAAAGGUGAAUGGGAAUUGAAAGAAGAAAAGUUGAGGCCAUACCUGGAGUAUGCUAAGAAACUAUUAUUUAGCUUUGAGGAAGUGACAAUGAAGCACAUGCCUAGAGCUCAGAACUAG